AUUUUCCUCAGUAGAAAUUCUGAUUUCGAUCGUACAAGACAUUUUGGUUUUUCUUAAACAAAAAGUAUAAUACUCUGUCGUUGUCGGCCGCGUCAGACGAAAUAUUUGAAUUUUUUCAAUUGAAAUAGUCUACUUUAGAAAAGUACAAAACAAUGGCUCCACGUAACAAGGAAACUGAAGCUGAAGUCCUUCAAUGGAUCUUUGAUGUUCUUGGCGAAAAAGUACCAAGCGGCCAAUACGAAGAUAUUCUUCGUGAUGGUAUUUGGUUGUGCAAAUUGAUCAACAAACUAGCUCCUGGCUCUGUGAAGAAAAUUCAAGAACGUGGUACCAACUUCCAAUUGAUGGAAAAUAUUCAACGUUUCCAAGCUGGUAUUAAGAAGUACGGAGUUCCAGAAGAAGAAAUCUUCCAAACUGCUGAUCUUUUCGAACGCAGAAAUAUCCCACAAGUAACUCUUUGCUUGUACUCCUUGGGUCGUAUUACCCAAAAACAUCCUGAAUACAAUGGACCAAGUUUGGGACCAAAAAUGGCAGAUGAAAACAAACGUACAUUCACCGAAGAACAAUUGCGUGCCCACAAUGCUGAACUUAACUUGCAAAUGGGUUUCAAUAAGGGAGCUUCACAAUCGGGACAUGGUGGUUUCGGCAACACACGUCAUAUGUAAAAUUUGAUUUAAAUCCUAUUUCUGUUCACCCUCUCACUCCAAAAUUUAUAUACAAAUGUAAAUAAAAAGAAUUAUUUUUUGUUUAUAUAUUCGUUAAAACAUAAAGAAUAAGUUUAAUAAAAUUAUAAAAAUAACAAUUUAAAA